AUGGAAGGAAAACGACAACCAAGGGACUUAACAGAUCCAGUUUGCCUUAAUUGGGCUGAUACAGUUAGCAAUUUUGGACAGCCUGAGCAAAUUUCUGGAGUUGUUAUCCAAGAAAUUGAUACAAAAGAAAAGGCAGGGCAAAAAAUCGAAAUUGGACGCCAAAGAACUAAAACAGAACAAACCCUUAGCUUCGACACACCUCAAAAUAUCGCUUUAUUAAAUCAACAAAAAUUUGAUCCACUUGAUUUCAUUAGAACAACAGAAUUUGCAGCGCAUCCACUCCUUCACCUUAAAAAUGCAUGCAAAGCAAAUGAAGAUCCGAUCGAUGACUUUAAUAAAUCUCCAAUCCAAAAAAUUGCCGAUCAAUUGCAUAAUUAUGUCGAAGCUACUGAAGAUUUAGCUAAAGCCAACUCUCUUUUCAGCACAAACUCAUUCCCAGGAGAACAACUUUUAGCUCAACUUGACGCAGAAUUUGAUAGAAUCAACGCAAAUAUGAAUUUAUUCUUCAAAGGAAUCUACGAGCAGAACCAGAAAGCGUACGAAGCCAACAAGGAGCUCAGCCGUAUCGGCCAAAACGGUUUCAUCUUCACAUUGGCAGACGAAAUCGUCAAACUUCAAUUUCUUGGUCAAUUCGAUGAAAUUAUCAGAGUUUACGAAAAGAGGAAGAAACUUCCUGAUUUGGAGAAGGUUAUGCCUUUCUCACUUGCCAUUCAGGAUGUCGAAAAAGCUUUGCGUGGUGUCGAAGACGCAUUGAGAAACAAAAUUAUGCAGAUGACGCCUAAAACAUUCAACGAAAAAUACUGUAUAUUACUUAUGGGUAUAAACCCACAGAAAAAUGCAAUUACUCAAUUAAUUAUCGAAUUACAGCAAAGAAUCCUCAACGCGUUUACAAACCAGCCUAUUACAAACGCCUGUGGUGUAUUUGAGACUACCUAUCCUUUCUUUAAGACUCUUAUCGACUUUUUCCAUGAUAAUUAUUUUGAUCAAUACAAAACUGCCAGAUUCAGCAUUGAAUCGCAAAUUGCCCAACUUGUCAAAGAAAUAUCCGACAAAUCCACAGAAAGUCUUAAAGAUAUUGCCGUCAAAUCCGAAUUUACAAAAUUUAAUGAAGAAUUACAUCAGACAAUCCUUCGUAUCUCUCAAAUGUACAACAUAGCUCUCAAGUCCAAGUUCAUGCCCGACACAAUCAAGCAAGCACAGCUAGAUUUACAAAAUUGGUACCUAGAAUUCCUUAAACAGUCAUUUAAAGAGAUUUUGAAGUCCCAGGAAUACGUGAAAGGCAUUGUCGAGUACCAGAUCCGAGUUCUGGACGAAGGAGAGCUAUUUACUCCGGAACAAUAUUCAACUUUAGUUUCGGAGCCCAUUUUCAUGCUUCUUGACGUUACCCAUGAAGAGAUUGCCAUGAAUGGAAAGGGAAACAUCGUCCAAACCCUUGCUAUGCUCAACGAAUUAGAAGAUAAACUUUUUACAGAUCUUUUCCAGAAAUACCAGAACGUUACAAAGACUCCGUUCAGCGACAAAGAGAGUCGUAAGAUCUUCCUUAUUACGGACGAGAUCAUAGAAAUCCUCCGAGCCAAACUUGUCCGACAAUUUGCAUCUGACAUCAGCUCAAAAAUCUACCAAGGAUUCUUCCUUUCGUGCAUUGACUGGCAAAAGGAUGAUAUUCCAUUCCAAGCUGAUGGAUGGCUUGUUUAUCUCCUCAACAAAGUCAUUUCUUGCAGAACAACAUGGGGAAAUGUUUACGAGGAGGUCAGAGAAGACUUAAUCGCUGCGAUAACGUCAUCAAUACUCUAUUCUUUGAAGCAAUUGCCUGUUAUUAGUAAGGCAGGAAGAAAGAGAUUGUUGUUAGACCUUUGUAUUAUUGAAGAUGCGUUUUGGAUGGAGCCAUUAAUACCUAUCCCUGAUCCAACUGAUCCUUCCCACCAAAGAACAAUCGAUCCUCCUUUCGGAGCGCUCGGAAAGAAGCCCGAAUUGGCUUACGACCCAAUAGAAGCUGAAAUUGGAGCCAAAGACUCCGAUGUAAAGACAAUGAGACAGAAUAAUACAUAUCUGGCUCUUAAGAAACAGCUGAAUUUGCAGCUUAGAUCUCUUGUUAACAAAAGUCACUAA